AUGGACUUGUUCGACUCGGACAGCCCGCGGGAUGUCGAGCUGGGCACCCUCACUGCCAUCUACCCCGAGAUCAGACAGGUGCGCCCCGACGACGCCUACACAAUUGCUCUGGACGUGCCCGUCACCCCCUCGAAUGGGGUUGUCGUCGUCUUCUCUGUCACCCCGCCCGAGCACUCGCACUCGGCCUCGGCCUCAGCAGACACGGCCCCGCUAGCCCAACCAAGCCGUGGCCAUGACAUAAACGACGUCAACGACCCUAACGGCGGACCGGCCGACGCGGUAGAUUCGCACCACCUGGCCCAUCUGCCCCCGGUCCAUCUUGAGAUGACUUUUGGCCCCGGGUAUCCGUCCGAGGAGCCUCCCAGGAUAUCAAUAUCGACUACACCUCCAUGGCUUCCCCCGGCGACGGCCAAGAUGCUCGAGGACGACGGUGCUCGGCUGUGGGAGGAGAUAGGACGCGAUAUGGUCGGCUUCACCUACAUCGACACGAUCCAGCAGUCGGCUGAACACGUCUUUGGCCUUGUUGAUGCCGUUAGAGCUGGCCUCAAAGUCGACUCUCGCCAGAAGAUUGCCUUGCUGGACUACGACAUCAAGGCCAAGCGUGCCACCUUUGAGUUGGAGACGUUUGACUGCGGCGUGUGUCUAGACCCAAAGAAGGGCUCUGCCUGCCAUCGCAUGAUGGACUGCGGCCACGUCUUCUGCGUCGAAUGCCUGCAAGACUUCUACAAUGCUGCUAUCAAGGAGGGCGACCUUACUUCGGUCCGCUGCCCGGCCCCCGGCUGCGCCAAAGACCGGGCUAAAGCCGCAGAAGCAGCGUCCGGGAAGAAAAACAGGAAACCAAGGACCUUCGUCAGCCCCAGCGAGCUUUUGCAGAUCCCUCUGGACCAGGACGUGGUGAGGCGCUACGUGACUCUCAAGUACAAGACGGAGCUCGAGUCUGACAAGAACACCAUCUACUGCCCUCGGGACUGGUGCAAUGGCGCCGCUCGCUCCAAGAAACACAAAAAGCCCCAGGGACUUGAGCUUGCCGAAGGAGCCUCUGAUGACGACGACGAGAACGACAGUGACGGAGGCCACAACGCGAAAGCCAACGGCGCAACGGGUAAAUCCAAACCUAAAAAGACAUAUAAGCCAGCCGAGGAGUUGCUCGCCAUCUGCGAGGAAUGCACCUUCGCCUUCUGCAGCCGCUGCUUCCAAUCUUGGCACGGAGAGUUUGUCAGCUGCCAGCCACGGCGUAACAAGGAGGAGCUCACCGCCGAGGAGCAAGCGUCCCUCGAGUAUCUCAAGUUCAACACGACGCCUUGCCCGACAUGCUCAGCCCUGGCACAGAAAACCAAGGGAUGCAACCACAUGAUUUGCUUCAAGUGCCAAACCCACUUCUGCUAUCUCUGUUCCGCUUGGCUUGAUCCUAGCAACCCCUAUCAGCACUUCAACGAAAUGCCUGGGGGCCGUGUCACAUCUUGCUAUAUGCGCCUGUGGGAACUCGAGGAAGGUGAUGGCGACGACGUUGGUCGUGGGUUUGCUGGGGGCGGGGCAGGCGUCGACCGGGGGGCUCCUGUUCUCGGUAGGGGCAUCAUCUUCGGUGGCCAUGACGAACCCCCGGACAGCGAGGACGACGAGGAAGAGCAGCAAGUUCCCCGACCUGCUGCGGUACAGGCACCACAUCGGCGAGUGCGACAGCAGCAGCAGCAGCAACAACAGCGGCAGCAAUUGAACAUUGCACGCGAAGGUCCGCUGGUCCUUCGGAUAGCUGCUCAUCAACAGCCGCCGGCGGUUGCACCUCCGGCUGUCCCUGCAGCAGCGCUAGCUGGGGGAGGUCGAGGGGCAGGUCGAGGUGGUGCUGCUCGCCCAAGAGGCGGCGUCGCCGGCCAGCGAGGACGUGGACGAGGCGCCAACCGGCAAAAUAAUCAAGCUAAUCACUUACGUGGUGGUGUGCUGCGUCGUAACAACAACCCUAAUAACCACGACGACCAUGGACCCGAGCCCGAACUGGCUCGCGGGCAUGGGCCAGACGAGAUGGCCGACUUGGAUGAGAUGCAGAGACUUGCGGGCAAUAUCCAAGGCGACGACGUGGACGCUGCUCAAGCGGCCUGGAUACGGCAGUUUGUCCUUCUUGCUAUGAACGACGAGGAAGACAUGCUUCUCUGGGACGAUCAAUAG